UAUUCAUAAUUACAUUAUAUUAUUUCAUUGAAAUUCAUUAUUAAACUAAUGAAAUGAAUAUUAUAUCUAUUUAAACCAAAUAGCCAAAAAGAAGUUAGGUUACUACUAAUGAUUGUAGGUUUAGUCUUGCGGCACGUGAAUUUUGAGGUUAUUUUGUCAAAUUUGUACAAAACUACUGAUUUACCUUUAAAAUGUCAGUUCAAUCAGGUAAAUUGAUAUUGAAAAUUCUAACCGAGCAAUUUGGGGAAACUAUAGCAGCUGUAGGCUACGAUUUAUUCAGACAUGGAUCCAGACCUGUUGCUCAUAUUCACUCGACUACAAAACUGCCUAUAUCAGAAAUAAAACACUCAUUAUGCAUCUUAGCCAAAUAUAAACUGAUUACCUUUACAUCAUCAGCACACCCAGACUUUGCUGAGUACGAACUACUGAAUGAAAGAGUCUUUUACAUAGUCCGGUACCCAAAAUACAUAUGCCGGAUAAAAGACAAGUACGGAGACGAAGCUGAGGUGUUGCUCGAUGAGUUGCUGAGACUAGGCUCUUGCACGGCUUCAGAACUCAUUGUAAGAUGUCUUGCAAGGGUUAAGGAACAAUAUCCGAGCAAUCUGUGUGAUUUAGUAUCUUUACGAGACAAAUUUGUUGAUAUGGUACAUGGUAACUAUCUUUGCCGGUGUCCGGUUCCAAUCACAGAAUCAUCGGUGCCUUCACUCUUUCUUGAUGAAGCCCACAUGUUUGUAAUGCCUGAUAUAGACCUGCGAGAGCUAUCUAAAAUGCAAAAUGGAAGUGAAGGCAAACCAGGAGAUGAAAACGUUUAUUGGGUGUGUAAUUUUUCUAAAUUUCAUCAAGACAUGCGUGAUGAAUUGAUGAUCAGUGCUAUGACACGUAGGAUAGAUGAAUGUGCAGGGGAAGUUAUGAAAUGUUUAUUGCAACAAAUGUAUGUACGUACCGAUGCUUGGGAACAACAAUCUAACGCUAUACCAUUCGUGGAAUUGAAACAAACUUGUGCUGAAACUUCUGAGGAUAAAUACCCAAAUAUAAUUCCGUUUUUGGAUCAGUAUUUAAAAAUUAUUGUAGAAGAUUCCUCACAAUUUUUGAAAAAAAUAGGGGAUGCCAGCGGUGGACAGUAUGUUAUCAACGUAGCACUUGCUAUGGAGCAAUUGGCUUGGUGUUGUUUAGAAAACUACAUCGUCCAACGGUUUUCUUCUAAAUCCGCAAGAAUAUUCCGCGUUGUACGAACACAUAAAUUCAUCGAGCAAGAGCUCAUACAAAAACGUGCUAUGAUCCCCGAUAAAGAAGCCAAACAAUUAACAUACGAACUUCUUGAAAACCAUUUCAUCAAACUACGCGUAAUAAACAAAGGAGGCCAACAAGGAUCCAUAAAAAACUUCUUCUUAUUCACCGUCGACUUAAUGGAAUCAGUAUACGUGUUAUUAGAUAUGACUGAGAAGGCUUUGCUAAAUGUUAUGACUAGACGACAACUGAGCAUGCAAGAAAACAUAAGAUUGUUACAGAAACAGCAACGUGUUGAAAGCUUAGUAAACACAAUGAAAAUUAGAGGAGACCCUGAAGAACAUAUAAAAGACAUCGAAGAUACACUUACCCCUGCAGACCACGAAACAAUCGCUAAGGCCAAAAGAGAAAUGGACAUGUUGGGAAUAUCUGAAAUUAAAUUAGAUGAGACUUUAUUUCUACUCAAAGUGUAUUUAUUCUAUUCGAAGAAACCAGACACAGUAGGCAAAUGCAAUUGUUGUAAUUAUCGUCCAUAGAUAGAUUAUUAACAAAUAAUAAUAUAAAUUUGAUAAUAUUUUUACAACAGACGUUA